AUGCUGAUAUUAGGUCGCAGAAGUUCAUCUCGAAUUAAUUCACAGGAUAUUUCAAGCCUACGACGUCGGUCUAGCGUUCAAGAUGGAAUUUCAAAGAAAGGUGUUUCUCAUAGUUCAAGAAAAUCAUCUACAGGAACACCACAAUUAAGAAGCAAACAAAAAGAAAAUGAUGUUGAUUUACAAACAGACAUGGAAUAUUCAAAUAUCAAUGAUAUUCAUAAUUCAAGUUCAUCCAAAAAUUAUGAAGAUGAAGAACAAAAUCCUCUUAAUACAUCAAAUGCUAGUGCUGAUACUAUUAUUGUUGAAGAUUUCAAUAAUAAUAAAAACUUACAAAAGCAACCAAUUGAAUAUUUUACACGUGUUAAUGGUACUGAUAGAGUCAAAUGUACCAUUUGUUCACGUGAAUGUAAAUAUAAUCCAUUUUCGGAUACAAACUUAAGAAGCCAUCUUGGAUUUAAACAUGUUUUUUAUUGCUACUUAUAUCCAUCUCAAAUUAAACAACGUGAGAAUCUUGAAAAGAAAGCUUCUAUUUUACCACACGUGAAAAAAGAACUUGAUAUAGCUGCAAUUAAAUGCAUAGUGAAGGAUGGUUUACCAUUUGGAACAUUUCGACGUCCUGGAAUGCAACAUUUUCUUGAUAUAAUUAAACCAGGUUAUUGUGGACCAUCCAGACAAACUGUUCGUAAACAUUUAGAUAAAAUGUACCAAGAACGAAGAUCUCCAUUAAGAGAAAAGUUUAAAACAGUUCCAUUUAUAUCUUUAACAACAGAUCUUUGGAUGAAUUCUCGACGACAUCAUUUCUUAGUAAUUAUUGCUCAUUAUUAUAAUGAACAUUAUGAAACAUUUUCAGAUGUUAUUUCCUUUCGAUCUUUUCGAGGUCGACACUUGAGUGCUCGAUUAAAAAAACUUAUUAUUCGGAAAAUUAAAAAAUUAGAAAUCGAAACAAAAAUUUUUUCUAUUACAACCGAUAAUGGUAGUGAUAUCAAAUCCAUAACAUCAUCACAAGAAUUCGGAAUAAGAUCUUCUUGCAAUGCUCAUAAUAUUAAUAGAACAAUAUCAACUGGUUUAGAUUUAUGGAAAAAAACAACAUCGAAAAGAUAA